AAUUUAAAAUUACCCAUUUUCAAGGCAAUUUCCCAUGCUACUUGUGCUCAACCAAUAAACGAAUCGAUUUUUGCAAUUGGGCUCUGAUCUGAUAUACUACUAGCCCAUCAGUUUUGAAGUUGUGAGCUUCCCAAGUCCUUCGGCGAUUUCGAUUUGUAAGCAUCUAAAGAUGGAGGAUCUGGUAGAGAAAAUUGAAGGUACUCCCCAAUUUCCACCAGCUGAAUCACUACUUCAGUGGAGCCAAUGGCAAUUGCUCGAUUCUGUUCUUCCUACUGGUGGCUUUGCUCAUUCUUUUGGCCUUGAGGCUGCUAUUCAAGCUCGGUUAGUCUCUGGGCCUGAAGACCUUCGAACAUUUGUGAUCGAUAUACUAGAGAAUACAGGAAGCCUAUUGCUUCCUUUCGUCUAUACUUUAAAUGCAUCUCCGAAUGUCGAAACAUGGUAUAAACUUGAUAAAAUAUUGGAUGCAACACUGACAAAUGAAGUUGGUAGGAAAGCAUCUAUUUCACAAGGAUCAGCACUUUUGAGAGUAGCUGCUGCUGUGUUCCAGGAAGUUCCUUAUUUAAAAACUAUGCGAGAAAUGUCUAUGACUAGCGGAGCUUUCCGUUUCCACCAUGCUCCCAUUUUUGGACUUGUCUGUGGGGUUCUUGGAUUAAAUGCUGAAACUUGUCAGAAGGCUUACAUGUUUACAACAAUGAGAGAUGUUGUAUCUGCUGCAACAAGGCUCAAUUUGGUAGGACCGCUAGGUGCAGCUGUCUUGCAGCAUCAGCUUGCUGCAAGUGCAGAAGAAUUAUCAAAGAAAUGGAUGAACCGUCCUGUAGACGAAGCGUGUCAGACUAGUCCGUUGCUUGAUACUGUCCAGGGUUGUCAUGGUUAUUUGUUCUCCAGGCUUUUUUGUUCUUGAAUGGUGGAACUGAAGAUUCAAGAUACUGGGGUUUGGGUGGAUGAGAAAGUUAUUGAUCUUAAUCUAUACUUCCAAAAAUAAUUGCUGACAUGCUUGUGCUUUCGCCUGGUUAAAAAUCAGGGGCACAAACCACAGUGAUGGCUUCUCGUAGAGCUACUGAAGUAUAUGUGGUUCCCAUUCCUUUAAAUUGUGACUUUUUCCCAUGAUGGAUGUCUUCCAGAAAACAUUAUUCGUGAACCACUGGGCUUAUACCAAUAUGUUUGUUUACAAGAGAGCACUUCCAGUUCAAGAAAGUUUCACUGAUGCUUGCAGGUAUUUCUUUGUUAUCAAGAGGAAGUACGAGAAUGUGAGAGCUGCAAUCAGCUUUUUAUCAGAGUAAAUAAUUCUGCUCGCUUGUAAGACUGACAUCUGCAUUCAUUUCCCCCGAAUAGAUUCUUUAACUGUUUAACCACAAUCUAUAAUAUGCAAUUGCAGGACGUUAGUAAAUGGCCGACAAUUCUUAAGACAAAAAGUGGGUGUUGAAACUUGCAUAAAAUGAUGUAUUGUUCAAGUUUCACAGGUUGUUUGUCAAACGAAAGGCAUAUACCGUUGGAUGUUGAAGCUGCUGAAGAAUGAAAUACUGAUAUCCCCUUAAUGAUGCCCAAAUUUUUUUAAUCUCAAUCUCUUCGCUUUCUUGAACAGAAAUCACAGUUCUCUCACACAAUUUUAUGAAUCGAUUGCUUGCUUUUCUUUGCUUU